GGCGCACGGCUGCGCAGGCCUCUUCCUUCUCGCCGAGCGCCGCCAACAUGGUGUUCAGGCGUUUCGUGGAGGUUGGCCGGGUGGCCUACGUCUCCUUUGGGCCCCACGCCGGGAAGCUGGUGGCGAUCGUCGAUGUCAUCGAUCAGAACCGGGCUUUGGUUGAUGGCCCUUGCACUCAAGUAAGGAGACAGGCCAUGCCUUUCAAAUGCAUGCAGCUCACUGACUUCAUCCUCAAGUUCCCGCACAGUGCCCGCCAGAAGUAUGUUCGACAAGCCUGGCAGAAGGCAGAUAUCAAUACAAAAUGGUCAGCCACGAGAUGGGCCAAGAAGAUUGAAGCCAGAGAAAAGAAAGCCAAGAUGACAGAUUUUGAUCGUUACAAGGUCAUGAAGGCGAAGAAAAUGAGGAACCGAAUAAUCAAGCUUGAAGUUAAGAAGCUUCAAAAGGCAGCUCUCCUGAAAGCUUCUCCCAAAAAAGCACCUGCUGCUGCUAAAGGUGCAGCUGCAGCUGCAGCUGCAGGUGCAGCAGCUGCUGCAAAGGUUCCAGCAAAAAAAGUGACCUCAGCAGGCAAGAAGGCUUCAGCCCAGAAGGUUCCCGCCCAGAAACCUGCAGGCCAGAAGGCAGCGCCUCCAAAAGCUCAAAAGGGUCCGAAAGCUCCAGCCCAGAAAGCACCUGCUCCCAAGGCAUCUGGCAAGAAAGCAUGAGAACAUAAGAGGCUAUAAUAAAAGUAAUAAAGGUUCUUUCUAACACACUGGCAAAUCUACUUAAUUGUGGAUUAGUCUCUUACUGGGGCAGGGAUUGUGAAGUAUAUUGAUAGUAGGAUUCUUGGUGUCGUAAGAAAAUCAGUUUCUUUGUCUCAUUCUGCCCAGUUUCAGAUCGUAUAAAGCCGUCACAUCAAAUGGUAACUAGUUAAUGUUCUCAUGGGAAAUGACAAUUAGAAGACCAGGUGCUUUUUUUUCUUGUACAAAUAUAUUUCCCAUUAAAUACAUAAAAUUGUAGCAGCUUUUGAUACUUGAGGGUUAAGUAAAAUUUUUUAUAAAAAUAUACUGGGAAAAUAUACAAGCAA